CGAGAAAAAAAAACAAACUCGGAUUUAAAUUAAUAAUAUUAAUCAAUUAAAUAAUAAAAUGUUACGUUCCUAAGCUGGCCUAUGCGGAAAAAGUAGAGAAAUUAGCGGAAGUGAACGAUUAUUCGGUGUAGAUUUUUGCUCGCGCAGUAGAUUCAGUGACAAGAGAUACUUUUUUUUACGUGUAAAAUGUAUUGAUAAGAGAUCACGGACUUUUAUCUGACGUGUACGUGGGUUCGUGCUCAUCCGCAAAAAACAACAAAAACUCCCCGAAACGACAAAAGAUGCCCAUUAGAUGAAGCGAGCCCCGGCAAUGAGACCCCGCAAAAUAUUUUUCGUAAUUCUAGCAAUUGCCAUUUGGAUGCUAGUGACAUACAUCAUUGUGACGAAGCAGUCGACGCAAAAUGAGGCGAGACAGAAGCAGAUGAUGAAGGACGUGGAACUGAUUGAGAUGGAGGCGCACGACAAGAUGGAAGAGCGGAAAUAUUUGCUGGAACAAAUCACGAAAAUUCUCAAAAUGAAAGAACUCCCGGACGAGGUCCCGUUGAUCCAAACGACAACGACGAAAAAACCCGUGAAACAGCAAGACGAGCCCGUGCUCUCGAACGACGUGAACGAAGUCAUCCAAGAGCCCGAAGACGAAGAUCCACUGGCGCGUUACACGCAAACCUAUUUGGACAACGAUCAUGCACGUCCCGUCAUUCCGGUGCUCGUUUUCGCCUGUAAUCGUCCCUCGAUCGCCAAGUGCUUGGACAAUCUCGUGCAAUAUCGCCGCAACAAGGACCAAUUUCCGAUUAUCGUGAGUCAGGAUUGCGGCGACGAACUCACAAAAGAGACAAUAUUGAAAUACAAAGACGAGGUGACGCUCAUCGAGCAGCCAGAUACGUCAAUUAUUCAAGUUCCGCCGAAAGAUAAAAAGUUUUUGGGAUAUUACAAGAUAUCGCGGCACUAUGGAUGGGCUCUAAAUCAAGUCUUCAGUCGUGGAUUUGAGUUUGUGAUCAUCGUUGAAGAUGAUUUGAACGUCGCUCCCGAUUUUUACGAAUAUUUCUACGCAACGUACCCCUUGUUGCGCAACGAUUCUAGUCUGUGGUGCGUGUCUGCGUGGAAUGACAACGGCAAAGUUGGCCUAAUUGACGAAGAUCGACCCGAUAUUCUGUAUCGCACGGACUUUUUCCCCGGCUUAGGCUGGAUGCUCAAUCACGAUCUCUGGAACGAAUUAUCAGAAAAGUGGCCAAAAGCUUUCUGGGAUGAUUGGAUCCGUACGCCGCAACAGAGAAAGGAACGUGCCUGUAUUCGACCCGAAAUUAGUCGGACAAGAACUUUUGGGAAAGUCGGAGUAUCAAAUGGUUUAUUCUACGAAAAACACUUGAAAUUCAUCAAAUUGAGCGAAGAUCCCGUGCCAUUUGGAAAAAUGAAUCUUACCUACCUGCUGAAAGACAAUUAUGAUAAGCAAUUUAUCGAGCGCGUCUACCAAUGUCCUGUGAUAACGUUCGAGGAACUGCGACGCGGCUUGGCGAAAAAUCUCAACGAGGUCCGGGUCCAAUACAAUACCAAAGAUCAGUAUAAGCGCAUUUGCAAAUUACUAGGUUUAAUGGAUGAUUUUAGGAGCGGCGUCGGUCGAACAGCCUAUCGUGGAAUUGUAACGUUCUUUUACAAUGAGCAACGGGUUCAUCUUGCGCCGAAUAUCAAUUGGAAGGGAUACGAUCCGUCAUGGAGUUAAAUAAUUUUCCCGAAAAUCGUUAAUUUUUAGUUCAAAAUGAGAGCCAGUAAUCAUUUUUCUUCCAUUCUUGACUGCGAAAGUAGUUUUUUGUUUGACAAAGUAACAAAUUAGACGACAUUCCACUAAACUCAUGCAUCACAAACCGAAAACUUCAAUACUCUCCACUAUACUUACCUUACCCUGUCGGAAGCAAUACAGUUAAUAGGAACAAAUAUUUUUCUAUACUACUUUAGAGGAUUUUUUACAGAACUUUUUUCUACUACUAUGACGACAAUUCAAUGACUAGAAUCGCCAAGAAGCCCACCCAUAAAAAUUCAUUCAAGGAUAACAUAGAAAGUCACUCAUUUGCUGUCUCUCUGUUUCAUCCUCAUAAGACACUUUUUCACAAAAUUACUUAAAAUUUGAUUUUUUUAUGUAAAUAUUAUUUUUUUGUCAUAAUUAAGCGACUAAAUCCAAAUAUUUGAUUUAAAAAAAAAACUUUACUAUAAAAGGAUGAAAAAUUUUAUCGAAUUUAUUCUAAUUUUUGGAUCAAAUUAAAAUUUCAACUCAAAAUUAAAGAAAAAUUUAAUCGAAAUUUCCCCAAAAAAAAAAAAAAUAAAUUUUUAAUUUUUUUUCUAUUAAAUUUCAAUAC